UCUGCUGGCGAUGUAAAAGAGUGUUCGGUAUUAUUAACAUUACAGUAAGUUUAAUCCGCUAGCAACGAAUACGUUUUGAAAAGUACUGUAUACAGAACAAGAAGGCAGCUGCAGGAGUUUGAACGCAUCUGUACCGCGGGCUCAGUCUUAAGGAAGGCAGCAUGGGCAGAGUGCGGGUGGCUGUGGUUGGUGCCGGGGUGGUCGGUCUGUCCACAGCAUUGUGUAUUGCGGAGUGCAUUCCCAAGUGCUCUGUGACAGUGUUAGCUGACACGUUCAGUCCUGACACUGUGAGCGAUGGAGCUGCGGGAUUCGUGUACGUAAACAAAUUUCCAGAUACACCAGUGGACCGGCAAAGGCGCUGGCUAAAGGACACAUUUGAUCACCUUUUUUCCAUUUCAAACUCUUCAGAAGCUCCCGAUGCUGGGGUCUAUUUAAUUUCUGGGUGGCAGGUAUUCCGUGAGCCUCCCAGUGAAAAGAGACCUUACUGGGCAGACGUUGUUCUUGGGUUUCGUUUCAUGUCCGAUGCUGAACUAGAAAAGUUUCCACAGCACAAGUUUGGCCAGGCAUUCACGACCUUGAAGUGUGAAUGCCCCAUCUAUCUGCCUUGGCUUGAGAAAAGGUUCAAGAAUGCUGACGGACAGGUGCAGCCUGGGAGAGUGACAGACUUCGGCCAGCUGUGCGUCAACUAUGACAUCAUCGUCAAUUGCAGCGGUCUAGGAUCCUUGAGUCUGGUAGGUGAUACGGACCUCCACCCUGUGAGGGGUCAGAUCCUAAAGGUGCAAGCGCCCUGGCUGAAGCACUUCAUCAGGGAUGGGGACGGCCUCACCUACAUCUUCCCCGGAAUCAGUAGCGUCACCCUUGGCGGAACGAGACAGAAAGACGACUGGCGCUUAACAGCAGACCCCAAAGACUGUUCUGAUAUGUUUGAAAGGUGCUGUGCUCUGGAGCCUUCCCUCAAGAAAUCCCAGGUGCUGACGGAGUGGGUUGGCCUCCGACCCUCUAGGGGGGGCCUGAGGCUGGAGAAGGAAAUGUUUCAGCAUGGCAGCCGUCAAGUGCCCAUCAUCCACAAUUACGGGCACGGAGGAGGAGGCAUUAGCUUGCACUGGGGCACUGCACUGGAAGCCACACAGCUAGUGAAAGAGUGCAUUGGUAACAGGUAUCUAGCUUCUAACCUGUAGGCAAGUAAGCCAUGUUUUUAGGCAGGCUGUUGCUUGGUACAGCUGCAGUAGAGUGACCAACUUUUGAAACCCAUCCACUUACUUUCUACUGUCAAUCAAUGUGUUGAUAAAUGCUUAUUUUAUGCAGCAAAUUAAUUGAAACAAUUUGUUUAGAUAUACAGUUUCUUGUUUUAGUUUCAAUUAAGAAUGUUAAAUACUAUCUGUUGCUGUUUUAGUAUAACUAUCAUAAAGUUGAAUUCUCUGAAAAGGUACAAAGGGUGAAUAUAGGGCAUUUUAACUGGAUGUAAAUCUAACGGAGGGUAUAUUUUAUAUCAAGCUGAUUGACUGUAAUUAUAAUUAAAAAAUGGUUGUAAAACAGGUAUUUAUUACAUUUGAAUUCUAAUUUAUCCAGCAACCGUUUCCAGUUUCUCUUCAUUUACAAAAACAAUGGAAGCAUUUCAUUUUCCCAGACCAGGAGAAUUAUCGCCUUGGAUUAUGAUGUCAUCAUACCUGGUCUUGGCUUUAAAAAGCUCUACCUAGAUAAGACCUAUAAAUAAAUGUAUGUAUUAUAUAUUCCACACACACAGUACUAGAAAGCAACACAUUCAAAGAACAGAGCUGUAGUUAGGAAUUGUUUAAUUUUUGUCGAUUUCAGGUUUGUCCAGGGGGUCACCCUGCUGGUGAGGCCCAAUUUUUGCAAUUUUAUAAUUAAAAAAAAAAAAAAAAAAGUUGCCCAAUAAUAAAAUUUGUAUGAGAAUCAGUGUAAGUUAUGAAUACCCUAAUAAUUCAGUAAUUAAGUUUGCCCAUCAAUACCUUGCUCAUCUCUAUAGAAAGACUGCAUACACACUGUGGGUUGGCAGCUCCCUCUGGUGGAGCCCAACAGUCCAGUGUUUUCCUUGAAAGAGCAGUAAAGUCACAGCAGCAGGGCUCAAAUUUGUGAGCCGUGGGUUGCCAGGGGCGACCAAAAUUUGUCUUGGCGGUGUGGUCCAGUGGUUAAAGAAAAGGGCUUGUAACCACGAGGUCCCCGGGUUCAAAUCCCACCUCAGCCACUGACUCAUUGUGUGACCCUGAGCAAGUCACUUAACCUCCUUGUGCUCCGUCUUUCGGGUGAGACGUAGUUGUAAGUGACUCUGCAGCUGAUGCAUAGUUCACACACCCUAGUCUCUGUAAGUUGCCUUGGAUAAAGGCGUCUGCUAAAUAAACAAAUAAUAAUAAUAAAUAAUAAUAUAUUAAUUUGCACUCACCAUCGGCAACUAUGGGUGGUGGGGAGGUCGAUACACAAAUAAAAACAUGGUUUCGCCAUGGAAAAAGACUCCUCUUGUACAUAGCGCUACCACGGAACACUAACGCCACUUUCUAUGGCAUGUUCUCUUUGCCAUGUAACGCAGCGACCUUGAAGGUUAAUGGUUACAUUUCUAUUUCAGGGAACCAGGGUUAUGAUAACCUAACAUUCCCUUUCAAGUACAAAACGUAACCAUUACCAAAAGGAUGAAUAUACCCAAGCUGUCGCAAAGGCACGAUUGCAAAACAACCGGAAUUCUGCACAGUUGAGCAGAGAGGCUGCCCUGUGCAUUACCAUUUGAAACCCCAGUAACAAGUAGCUGGGGUGAAAAAUUGAGGGAGAAAUUCACCUCUAUGCCUGUGUUGUAAGGGGCAACUGGGAAGCUGCCUUUAACACACUAGUUCCAAAACCAGGGUUUUGAGGAUCUAUGACAUUCAGUCUGUAGAACCUAGUGAAGGGAUGGGGAGUAGCCCACACAAUUGCAUAUGUCCUUGACAGAUGCACCCUGGAAUAAAGCCCACUUUGCUCUGGUAAUUCGACAACACACAUUUUCGGUUUAAGGAGAAACAUUACACGUGGUCACUAGACCUGCUUUUCUGCAUUUCACGAAAACAUUAUUUCAUGCUAAUCUGCACAAACAAAAAGCACUGCGAGCACUCAUGCUCUAGGAGUAAUGCAAAACCUGUAUUGCCUGACACUGGCCAAAAAUAAUAAGCAUAUUGCAUUACCUUGUUCACAAGAUAUAUUAUGAGCAUAUAAUUUUAGAAACUUGCAGAUUAAUAUUGUA